CCGUCCAGUGUUAAGCUGCGUCGGGAUCAGAAGACGCAAAUCAAGUGAAACAAAUCUUCUGACAGGAGAAAAGUUCAUGCUGGAGUUUUCAAAGACCUCCGAGGGCUAUAUGAAGUCCAAACUCAACAUGGAGAGUCUGACCAAGCCAGAGCUGCUGAUGCUUUUCAGCAUCCUGGAGGGAGAGCUGGAGGCCCGGGACCUGGUCAUCGAAGCCCUAAAGGCCCAGCGUAAAGAGCUGUUUAUCCAGGAGCGCUAUGGAAGGUACAACCUCAGCGACCCCUUCCAGGCCUUGCAGAGAGACAAUGAGGCUGUGGGAGGUCAGAGCAAGGAUCCCAGCUGUUCUUCCUCCAACUCCAAUCCCCUGGUGGUUCUCAAACUGGUGGUGAGCCACUGCAGGAGGAUGCAGGAGAAGAUGCUGGCCCAGCUGGCUGCAGCUGAGAACAGGCACAGAAGGGUUAUUGCAGACCUGGAGGAGGAAAAGCGGAGGCAUGCUGAGGACACAGCAGAGGGAGAUGAUGUGACUUACAUCCUGGAGAAGGAGAGGGAGCGCUUACAACAACAGCUGGAGUUUGAGCGCAGCCAAGUUCGCCGACUGGAAAAAGAACAGCGGAGGAUUACUGACCAGCUCGAAGAAGAACGGGCUCAGCACAAACAGCUCUCCUGUGCUUUGGCCAAAGAGUGCAAAUGGGCGAGCGCCAGGGCUCUGGAGGAGGGUCACCGGCUGACUGAGCUGAGCUGGAAACUUGACAAGGAAAAAGAGGCUUGUCAUGGCCUGAGAAAAGAGCUGGAGGACGAGAGGACGAGAGCUCUGAGGAUGGAGGCGAGGGUGGAGGAGCAGCUGGCUGAGUUUGACACAGAGCGUGAACAGCUCCGCUCACGUUUGAAGAAAGAAGAAGCUCAUUGUCGUCAUCUCCAACAACAGGUAGAAGAGCUGAAGAGGAAGCUAGGGGAGGUGAACACGAUGAAAGACAGUAAAGAGGCAAUUACUGCUCCAGUGGAGGCAGGAGGAAAGGAGUGGGCCACAAAAGUAGCUCCAGGAAAGACAUUAGUAGACACUAUUAAAGUUGAGGACAUUGAGGAAGACAGAAACCAGACACUUGUGCAGCCAAAAGUCAACGGUCACUAUCACCCAACGGAGACCAAUGGGGAUCGUAGUUCAAACAGCGCCCUCUCAGAGAAGACAUGCCUACAGAAUGGGAACGAAAAUCCUCCAAAUCAUCAGACCCAGAUGUCUUCCUGCAGUGCUGUGUCCCCCACUCUCCCUCUUUCCUCCCCCUGCGCCUCACCUGUUCUUGCCAAACGCCCACCAGGCAGUCCGAGUCCUGGGAGCUAUCAGUCUCCCUACCAGGCCGGGAUCAACCAGCGUUUCCACGCUGCUCGUCAUAGGUUCCAGGGUACUGCCGAUCCAGAGCCGCAGUCCCAGGCUGUUCAGCCAGCUUCUCCUCUGUCGCCCAAGGACCUCGCUUCUGUGACAAGCAGCUCCUCCCCAGAAGCCAGCCCAGUCAAGCAGAUGGCCCGGAGCACAGUCACUCAAGUUCUGUCCCGCUUCACCACCGCCCAGCAGAGUGCUGCUCCAAAGCUCGCCACACCAAAUAGCUCACCCUUUGGUACAGACUACCGCAGCCUGGCAGCACCCUUGUCUCCAGUCGUUGGAAGGGCUGCCGGGGCGGCUGCCCAGGGGAUCAGAUCUCCCACCAUCCCCAGGGCAGACAGGGGCAACCCUCCACCCAUCCCACCUAAGAAGCCCGGUCUAGCCCAGGCUCCUCCCUCCCCGGCCACAGUGCCACGGUCUGCCAGCCAUUUCUCUGACGGCCCCCUCUCAGGCAGCUGUGGUCUUACCUCCAGCCAGGAGGGGGUCAAAGAACUGGACAUGGUGGUUUCAUCUAAUUAACCCAUCAUUUGAUCUGCUGAGAAAUGAGUCAGUUGCUGCUCUGUUUGUGGCAUUGUACACAGUUCAUAAUUAUGAUGAAGAUAGUGUCUUGUACGUGGCAGGAUUUAUGUCAUUUACCCAUUUCAACAAAGGUCCCUUCAAACACUGUUACACUAUAUUGUAUUUAUUUUAAAUAUGCAUAGAGGCACUAUUGUAGGUAGUAGUUACGGUAAGUUAAAUAUGCUAAUGAGCAAUUAGAACUGAAUUUAACUUUAAAAGGUGCCAAUACUGUAUCUUGGGCACACUGUACUGUUGCAGUAUAUUCUUUUCAUGGUGUCAUAUUUCCAAAGGAUACAAAACAAACGUAUUAACUGAUGAGGUAUUAAACUGAUAUAUUUGUAUCCCUGUACUUUGUCCAUAGUAUGUUGCUUUUUUUAAUAACAAAUAAUAAUUUCUAAAUCAUUCUUGGACAAUGUAAGCCAGUCUCGUUUCAGAGUGCACUCAUGUUUUUUUUAAAAAUAAAACUGUUUAGCUAAUUUUAUAAAAUGUUCCUUAGUUAUUAAAUGUAUGAUAGUUUUACACAUCAGAUAAUCUGAGCAGUGUCAUGCUCUUGUGUACUACUUUAAUGUUACAUAGUUAUGAUUAUCAUAUAGGCUCAGAUUAUUUGCAGGCACCGUUUGUACAAGAUGUUUUUUGAGAUUAAUGAUUGUGAUGAAUGUCAAGCAUGUCAUUUAUAAGAAAUUGUAAAACACAAGUAUUUUAUAGUCAGACAUAUCUUUGAUUUCUAUUACAACCCAACAGCCAUGUUGGUUCUCUGCUAUUAUCAGAUUCUUUACAGUACUUUGUAGGCUGGAAAGUAACAUAUUUAAUAAAUUUAUCUGAAGAUA